UAAGCCACAUCCUUUAUUUCUGCUUGCUACGUUAUCCAGAUAAUCAUCUUCUCGCAAGACACUGCUCACAGUGAAACUCACGUUGUGGAAGAAGAAGAGGAAGUGAAAUUGGCAGCAAUGGCUGCACUUCAAAGCUCAAUGACGUCUCUUUCAAUCUCCUCCAACUCCUUCUUUGGUCAACGCCUCUAUUUUCCAUCUCUCUCUCCUAUCACUGUCAAGCCAACAGACAAGCCAUGUCUCAUUGUAGCAAAGCUUAAGCACUGGGAACGAAAGGAUUGUAAACCAAACAGCCUUCCAGUUCUACACAAAAUGCAUGUUAAGUUAGGAGAUAUGGUUAAAGUCAUAGCUGGAAAUGAUAAAGGUAAAACAGGAGAGAUUACUAAGGUGUUUAAGCAUAACAGCACAGUGAUAGUCAAAGAUAUAAACCUCAAGACAAAGCAUGUGAAGAAAAAAGAAGAGGACGAACAAGGGCAGAUUAUUAAGAUUGAAGCACCUAUUCACAGCUCGAAUGUGAUGCUAUAUUCAAAAGAACAGGAUGUAGCAAGCCGGGUGGGUCAUAAAGUCCUCGAUGAUGGAACACGAGUCCGCUAUCUUAUAAAAACUGGAGAGAUUAUUGACAGUACAGAAAACUGGAAGAAACUGAAGGAAGCCAAAAGCAAAGAGAAAACUGAAGUUGCUGCUGCUUCAUAAGAGUCCCUAACUCCCCUUAAUGUAUCUUUUGAAAAUCUGAAUAUAUAUUUGUUAUUGGUCCUUUCGUUUCAGAUACAGUGUCCUUGUUGAUUCUUACUUCAUCAGAGCUAAGUAAUUUUUUAGUUCCUCUGAUAGCAAAACAUGAUUUA